GGUCGCGUCGCGGCGUUAGUUUUUCGUUCCAAUCCACGGAUUUUUUGGCGUUGGAAUUCAGGACACCGAAGCAUCGUUCCGGGUUCGGUCGGUUUGCCAGUUAGUGGUUCCGGUACGUUCGAAAGAUUGCCCGCGUAAGUGUGUUGUGCGUUGUGCCGAGCGUGCGUGGCUUUGCAAGUGAUUCUUUGUGUCCCCCGUAAGCCUCCUGCGUGUGAGUGUGCGUGGUCCGCAUAGCAACCAAACCAAGCCGGUCCGAAAACUCGGUGCCGCCCACUACUCCUUGACCGUUGGCGAGUCGGUGAAGCAUCCUAGAGAGCACCAUAACACCGUUAGAGCCUAAGAUCCAGCCGGUCCCGCGGCUCUUCACAAACACACUCACAGCAUGAACAUCGCGUGGCGCAAAAGGACAACUUCACGACAGCGAACAUUAUUAGCAUGGGCAACUUUUCCCAUCAAGCGAACCACUUUUGCUGACACACGACGCUAGAUGUGGCCCGUUGUGUCUUGGCCGCACUUUAGCGUCCCGUUUUGCCGAAAGCAGCAGCAUCAGCGCAGUCCUCCGAUGGGGGACGGUUGACGGGAGUGAUAUGCUUCCGCUAAACAACCCUCACCGGCAACAUGUGGUGGAAAUUCAUCGUGGAGGUGACGAAUGAGUACAAGAUUCUGCGGGGGAUGAUAUCCUACUCGGCGCUCUGGCCCCUCGGAUGCCUCAUUCAGCAGACGUUCGAGGGUAAGCGGCUGAGGAACUACGAUUGGGAACGCUGCCUGCGUUACAGCCUGUACGGCACGUUCGUGUCCGCCCCGAUGCUGUACUGCUGGAUGCGCUGUGCCAACAUUAUGUGGCCCCGGACGGACUUCCGGUCCUCGCUGACCAAGGCGUUCACCGAGCAGGGUGCGUACGAUCCGUUCGCGAUCGUGCUGUUCUUCUACGGCAUGAGCAUCCUGGAGCGCCGUUCACAGAAGCAGGCCGGCGAAGAGGUGCGCGACAAGUUCUGGGACACGUACAAGGUGGGGUUCUUCUACUGGCCGGUCGUACAGACGGUGAACUUUUCGCUGGUCAAGCCGAAGAACCAGAUCGUCAUUGCCGGGUUCUUCAGUCUCAUCUGGACGACGUUUCUGGCGUACGUGAAGACGAGUCGCAAGUCACCACCGGUCGAAGAAGCGAUGUAGGCGGGAGUGCUUGCCGCCCGAACUGUAGAUAAUGCUAGCGCUAGGGAGUCUUAGGCAGAACGAAUGUGUCCGAAAGGGGUUUGUACAAAGGUGCUAAUAAAUAGAUGGUUAAUAGGGAUCUUCUAUGCAGGCGCGUUAAUUUGCGUCGCUAUAGGGAUAGCUCUG